CAUGGUUGCAUCGAGUUUCUAACCCGCCAUGGCAUUACUAUUAAGGGAAAGAAUGUUGUUGUGGUAGGUCGGAGUAACAUAGUUGGUUUGCCGGUUUCCCUGCUCCUCCUAAAGGAAGAUGCUACCGUCACUAUGGUCCAUUCUCGUACCAAAGAACCCGAGAGCAUUGUUCGAAAUGCUGACAUUAUUAUCGCUGCUGUAGGACAAGCAGCAAUGAUCAAGGGCAGUUGGAUCAAACCCGGUGCUGUUGUAAUUGAUGUGAGAACCAAUGCUGUGGAUGAUCCUAGUAAGAAAUCUGGUUAUCGGCUUGUUGGGGAUGUAGAUUUUCAGGAAGCAUGUAAGACGGCUGGAUGCAUCACUCUGAUUCCCGGUGGUGUCGGGCCGAUGACAGUUGCCAUGUUGCUAAAGAACACUUUGGAUGGAGCUAAGAGAGUAAUAGAGGGUUAG